AGUUCUUAAUAGUUAAGUUGAUUUUGCAAUAUUCGAUUAAUAACAUGUCAAUUUUUACAGAUAUUUUGUGCAGAAUGGAGUCCUGAUGGACGUUACCUAGCUACAGUUUGUAAAGAUGGUCGUGUGAGAAUCAUAGACCCCCGAAAACAGUCAGUUCGGGAAGGCAAGGGGCCAGAAGGGAGCCGAGGUGCAAGGGUCAUCUGGGCUGUAGACAUGACAUAUCUCGUUGUCUCAGGUUUUGACAGGGACAGUCGUCGGCAGCUGCUGGUAUACUCCGUGGGCAAGCUGGGAAACCCUCUGUAUGAGGAGACCCUCGAUGUAUCCCCAAGCAUACUUGUACCACACUAUGAUGAGGGAACCAGGACUGUCUUCCUGACAGGCAGGGGAGAUGCUAGCAUCAUCACGUACGAGGUAUCAGAGGAGUACCCACACCUGUUUGCAUUGACACCUGUGAAGCCAGAGGGCGCGCACCAGGGCAUCUACUUCCUGCCUUGACCUCCUGCAGUGUGCGUGACGUGGAGAUUGCACGGGCCUGGAGGCUAACACAGAGCUCUGUGGAGCCAAUGUCCUUCACUGUA